AGUGAGAACACACAAGAAGCAAAAGCUGUAAAGCUAGCUUCAACUGGCAUGGGAAAAAUAUAAAGACCCACUCAACCCAACACCCAUACAAUUUUCUCUCUUCCUUCCUUGUUUUCUUUCUUUCUUUCUCACAAAACAAAACAAAACAAAACAUUGUUGGGAAGUGCCCUCAAAUUCCAUUCCCGGGUCAUCGUGUUUCGCACACCUUAACAACACCCUCCUUGUUUUCUGCUCUGUUUUCACCCUGCAAGCAUAUCAACAAAUGUGGCAAUAUUAAAAGCUUGCUCUGUUCUCUUCUGCAGACUCACAAAUACAUGCACACAGCAAGUUAAACAGAGAAGAAAGUAGAAAAUGGUGUCGGAGGGGUUAGGGGAUGAUUUCUUGGAGCAGAUCUUGGCGGUGCCGGAGGCCUAUGGCAGGACGGUGGUGGGCGACGGAGGAGUGUUGCAGCUGGGUUUGAGAGGAGGAGGAGGAGGAGGAAUCCCUCUGGGAUUGAAUUUGGAACAAUCUGCGUUUCUCACACACCACCAAGAUACACGCUUCAUUGACAACAACAACAGCAACAACAUUAAUAGUAAUAACCAUCACCACCAACAUCACCAGCUUAGUCUCAAUAAUCAUCAUCAUCACAGUGAAAACUAUGCCACCUCUUCAUCUUCCUCUUCAAUCACUGAUCGGGAAUCGAUGCAGAUGAGGGGUUUGUUUCCAACGUUCGGACAAUUGCAUACUCCUACUCAUGCUCCCUCUGUCCGCCCCACUCUGCCACCGCCUUCUCAGCCCCAACUCCACCUCCACCACCAGCACCAACACCAUCAUCAGCCCCUUCAAAACCAGCAACCAACUCCAGCUUCUAAUGCUCAUAUGCAACAUCCACCUGGCAUCCGCCCUAGAGUGAGAGCAAGAAGAGGCCAAGCCACUGACCCUCACAGUAUAGCUGAGCGGUUACGUCGUGAAAGAAUCGCUGAAAGAAUGAGGGCAUUGCAGGAAUUAGUCCCCAGCAUCAACAAGUCGGACAGAGCUGCGAUGCUUGAUGAAAUUGUGGAUUAUGUGAAGUUCCUAAGGCUCCAGGUUAAGGUGUUGAGCAUGAGUAGACUGGGUGGAGCUGGUGCAGUUGCUCAACUUGUAGCUGAUGUUCCCCUUUCAGCAGUGGAGGGGGAAGAUAUAGAAGGUGGAGCCAGUGAGCAAGCUUGGUCCAAGUGGUCCAACGAUGGCACAGAACAACAAGUGGCUAAACUUAUGGAAGAAGAUGUUGGAGCAGCUAUGCAAUUUCUUCAGUCCAAGGCACUCUGUAUCAUGCCAAUAUCACUAGCCUCAGCUAUUUUUCGCAUGCCACAAUCAGAAGCAUCAACAACAAUCAAGCCUGAAUCAGACAGCCAGACAUAGAACAGAACAAAAAUGUCACCUCAAUUCUCCUCCUUUAUGACAAGGCUAUUCUACUUUUUAGUAUAGUUUCUCCUCGUUAGGAUUCUCUCAUGUCACAUGAUAAUGUAAGUGAAAUAUUAUGCAUAUUCUCUCUUUAUAAAUACUCAGAUGAUCCCUUAAAUAUGAAGAGAGAGAUAGACAUAAAGUUUCAACAUGACAGUGUCGUGAAGUUUUCACAUGAGAGGAUCCUUAUCCGGUUUCUCCUGAUUGGAUGGAGUAGGAUCUAGUCGGUGCAGCUUUUAGUUUAUUUUUCAAGUUUUGUCAACCAAGAAGUAAUUGUCAUUCAUAAUAAGUAAAGUAAACAUGUCCUUAUCAAUGGUGAAAGAUCAUAUAUUUUCAACUA